AUGAGAACGUUUAUUAAAUCCUGGAUUCCUCAGUGUUUCUGGAUUCUCAGGUCACCAUCCAGAUCAUUCCAUGGAAACAACAGGCUUCUUACGUCUCAGAUUGUUUCCUACUAUGAAUCUAUAAACCAGUGUAAAAAGGAACUGCCAGAACAUUUCAACUUUGCAAGUGAUGUCUUAGAUGAGUGGGCACGACUGGAAAAGGAUGGAAGAAGAACACCAGCAAAUCCAGCCUUUUGGUGGAUCAAUGAUGAGGGAGAGGAGGUGAAGUGGAGCUUUGAGGAGCUGGGCUCUCUGUCCAGGAAGGCAGCCAAUGUACUUUCUGGGGCCUGUGGUUUGCAGAGAGGAGACAGAGUCAUAGCAGUUCUGCCUCGUGUUCCUGAGUGGUGGCUCCUGAAUGUGGCCUGCAUGCGAGCAGGAAUUGUCCUUAUUCCAGGAACAUCCCAACUAACAGCCAAAGACAUCUCAUACCGACUCCAGGCUUCAAAGGCCAAGUGUUUCAUUACCAGUGACACACUGGCACCUGCAGUGGAAUCUGUCCUGCCUGGCAGCCAGUUCCUGAAAAGUAAACUCAUUGUGGGCCAAGGGAGCAGGGAUGGGUGGCUGAACCUCAAAGAACUCCUUGCGGUUGCAUCUGCUGACCAUCAGUGUGUCAAGACGAGGAGUCGAGACCCAAUGAUAGUGUAUUUUACCAGUGGAACUACAGGCUUCCCAAAAAUGGUGGUGCAUUCCCACAGCAGUUAUGGUAUUGGAUUUGCAGUCUCUGGCAGGUAUUGGAUGAACUUGACUCCUUCAGAUAUAAUGUGGAAUACCUCUGAUACUGGCUGGGCAAAAUCAGCCUGGGGAAGUGUUUUUACACCAUGGAUCUGUGGAUCCUGUGUCUUUGUGCACAAUAUGCCACAGUUUCAACCAGAAGUUAUUGCAGAGACUCUCUCAAGAUAUCCCAUCACCACUUUCUGCACAGCUCCCACCGCCUUCCGCAUGCUGGUCCAACAUGAUGUGAGCAGCUACAAGUUCCCGAGUCUGAAACACUGUGUAACUGGAGGGGAAGCACUCAAUCCUGAAGUGUUUGAAAAGUGGAAAAUCCAGACAGGGCUGAUUAUCCACGAAGCUUAUGGCCAGACUGAAACAGUGACAAUCUGUGCCAAUAUGAAAGGAAUGAAAAUUAAACCCGGCUCUUUGGGAAAAGCUGUUCCCCCUUAUGAUGUGCAGGUCGUGGAUGAGCACGGGGCUGUUGUGCCUGCAGGAGAAGAGGGCACCAUUGCUGUCCGAGUGCAGCCCACGCGACCCUUCUGUCUGUUCUCUGAGUACUUGGAUAAUCCGGAGAAAACUGCCGCCUCUGUGCGUGGAGAUUUUUAUCUCACUGGGGACAGAGGCAUUAUGGAUGAAGAGGGAUAUGUCUGGUUUGUGGGAAGAGCUGAUGAUAUCAUUAAUUCUGCUGGGUACCGCAUUGGCCCAUUUGAAGUGGAGAGUGCAUUGAUACAGCACCCAGCAGUCUCAGACGUGGCUGUUGUCAGCAGUCCUGACCCAGUGCGAGGGGAGGUGGUCAAAGCCUUCAUUGUUUUAGCUCCUGCUUUUCUAUCACACGAUCCAGAAAAAUUAACUCUCGAACUUCAACAACAUGUCAAGAAGGUGACUGCACCUUACAAGUAUCCAAGGAAGGUAGAGUUUGUUCAGGAUCUGCCAAAGACAACUACUGGGAAAAUCCAGAGAAAAGUUCUAAGGAGCAAAGAGUGGGCAAACGUAUAA